GCGGGGCCUCUGGUGGUGGUAGGGAACUGCAGGGGAGGCGGCAACAUUGUUUCAAGUUGGACAAAUUGACAAGAGCGAGGAGUUAAGACUGCAUUCCAUCCGGACCUGGGGCCGCGGUGCCGGGCCCUGUUUCCCCCUCCUCUGCCCCCGAGAACCGGGCCCGCUUUCUGCAGGGUUCCCAGGCCCCCUCCAGGGCCGGCUGCCCCGACUCGCUAGCGCUUCAUGGAGAACUUCCAAAAAGUGGAAAAGAUCGGAGAGGGCACGUACGGAGUUGUGUACAAAGCCAAAAACAAGCUGACCGGAGAAGUGGUGGCGCUUAAAAAAAUCCGCCUAGACACUGAGACAGAGGGUGUACCCAGUACUGCCAUUCGAGAGAUCUCUCUGCUUAAGGAGCUUAACCACCCUAAUAUUGUCAAGCUGCUGGAUGUCAUCCACACAGAAAACAAACUCUACCUGGUUUUUGAGUUUCUGCAUCAAGAUCUCAAGAAAUUCAUGGAUGCCUCUGCUCUUACUGGCAUUCCUCUUCCCCUCAUUAAGAGCUACCUGUUCCAGCUGCUCCAGGGCCUAGCUUUCUGCCAUUCUCAUCGGGUUCUGCACCGAGACCUCAAACCUCAGAAUCUGCUUAUCAACGCAGAGGGGGCCAUCAAGCUAGCAGACUUUGGACUAGCCAGGGCCUUUGGAGUUCCUGUUCGUACCUACACCCAUGAGGUGGUGACCCUGUGGUACCGAGCACCUGAAAUCCUUCUGGGCUGCAAAUACUACUCCACAGCUGUGGACAUCUGGAGCCUGGGCUGCAUCUUUGCUGAGAUGCACCUAGUGUGUACCCAGCACCAUGCUAAGUGCUGUGGGGAACACAGAAGAAAUGGAAGACACAGUCUCUGCCCGCUGUGCUCCUAUCUAGAAGUGGCUGCAUCACAAGGAGGGGGGAUGACCGCAGUGUCUACCCCACACCCCGUGACUCGUCGGGCCCUAUUUCCUGGAGAUUCUGAGAUUGACCAACUCUUCCGGAUCUUUCGGACUCUGGGAACCCCAGAUGAGGUGGUUUGGCCAGGAGUCACGUCUAUGCCUGAUUAUAAGCCAAGUUUCCCCAAGUGGGCCCGGCAAGAUUUUAGCAAAGUUGUGCCUCCCCUAGAUGAAGAUGGACGGAGCUUGUUAUCGCAAAUGUUGCACUACGACCCCAACAAGCGGAUUUCAGCAAAGGCAGCUCUGACUCACCCUUUCUUCCAGGAUGUGACCAAGCCAGUACCCCACCUUCGACUCUGAUGUCCUUCCCUAAGCCCCCAGUCUCAUCUUCUCCUCCAGUGGGGGCCUGAUCUGGCUUGGCCCUGGGCUGUGGGUGCCCACUGUCUUGUCUGGCUGCCUUAACACUCACUCACCUUCUCCUCUUAGCCAGCCAGCUCUGGGGAUACAAGGGCAUGGAAGAAAAAAAUGGAAGGAAGCUUCAGUAUUAGAUGCACUUACUCAGUCUCUACCACCCCUCCACAUAGUCAUUGCUGAGGAGGGCUGAUAUUUAAAAAACCCCCUCUUUUCCCUCCCCCCACAUAGGAUUUGCCAUCCCAAUCUCUGAAAGCCCCGCAAUUAUUAUUUCCUGUGUUUGGAAUGACAGAGGCCCCAACCUCCUGCUGCCACUGUGUUUGUUAAACCAGCUGAUAGCAGGGGGAAUAGAUUGGAAUUUUGAAAUCCAAGCAAAAUGAAAACAUAAGGAGAAGCCUGGUUUAAAGAAUUAGGUUAAAAAAAAUAGAUCCAACCAGUUUAUACCCUAGUUUUAGUGUUUGAUUUCACCUAACAGUCUGGGUGUCUCAAGACUCCCAGCCUCUGCAAUCCUGUUGGGGCUGCAGUAGAAAUGAUUGCCCCCUGUGCCCUUGUCUGUCCCUCUUAUAGGCAAGGGGUGCCUGGGAGGCUCUGGGACAGGAUUGUGCUUCACCACAGCCUUAAGAGGCAAGUGAAAGAUGUUUGAAUUUUUCUCUUAAGAUCUUUAGCUCUUCAGGUGCCAGGGCACAUUGUCCUCUGAGGGCCAUCCCCAUAGGAGUGUAAGUAAAGUUUAGACGUAAUUUUGAAAAUGCUGACACUUUUUUAGGGCUGUGACUAAGUAGGGGCAUGGGGGAAGAAAUAUUUCUUUAAAAGAAUGAACAAUUAUAUUUAUAUUUCAGGUUAUAGUAGUUUUUUAGUGGGAGUGGGUGGAUUUGUUGUCAUGUGUGCACCUUGAGGUUUUCUAAUGCAAAUGUUUAAAAAAAGAAUAUUGUUUUUCUUUUUAUGAUUGUCUCUUUUCUCCCACCUCUUGUACUGGAAUGUUCUUGCUAUUAACGUUAUUUGUAAUUUAGUUUGUAAUUCAUUAAAAAAGUUCCUAGUUUUAUAGUUUA